CGGAUCAACGGAAGAGCGGGCAGUCGCGGGGGGACCGGUGGGGUUAGCGGAUAUAUUAUGUCAAAGCAAUUCGUCGCCGCGUAUCGAUGAGCGCGAUCCGCCGCAGACUCUUGCGCUCGCACGCGUCAGUACCGUCAUCGUAGCCGUCGUCGUUAUCGUCGUCGUUAUCGUCGUCGCAUCGAUGCGCUUUUCCGCGUACGGUUCUCGCGUACAAACGCAGUGUCAGAGCGAGCGAGCGAGCGACGUCGUCGGCCGGAUGCAUUUUAAACGCGUAUCUUUAUCGUCGUUGGCCCGGACGUGAGAAGUCUGAUUGUCCGACACGAAGCGAACUUCCCACGUUGUCGGCCGGACAGCCACGGACGAAUGUGCGUUCCUCUUCACGUAGUCUUCGCGCGAAGAACGCACGCUUCGUCCCUCAUAACCCUUUACCCGAAAGCGCCGCUAUGCUGACGCUGCAGCAUCAAUUGGAACAGACAAUAGCUUGAAAAUGGGGUUGAGGCGACGACGUAACAAACUGUGCGGGACAUCGACGAAGUAAUCAGAUCCCGUGAAACCGAAGAAAAUGAUGACUGCCAUGGCCCGGUUGCCUUGCAAGCAAUCAUCGCCCUCGCAGCAGCCGAGAGUGAAUAAUUUCGGAAACAGCCGGAAUCCUUACUGGGACAUGCAGGCCAGGCAUCCUGCACCGCCGUACGUCAGGAAUCACCAUCGGCAUACCGAUCAUACAGGGAAGCGGAAGAGCGCGGUGGAGCUGCUGCAGGAGACGAAAGCCUUUUACGUGAAGAGCGAGACCGUGCUGGAUCGGAAGCAGGAGCUGAAGAACAGCGGCCACUUACAGGUCUCACAGCUGAGCGCACCGGGCGCGCCACCUAGAUUGCUGCGGAAAUGCGCCGGCAACUCGUCUACUUGCCCCAUGCAGCCGACAUCACCGUCGCAGAUGCCGAGCCCGUUAACGCCGCCCUGCUGCUGGGCCUCGUGUCAUGAACAGGACAGACUAGAUGGGAUUCUGAGCCCUCAACAAACACUGCCACCCGCCCUGCCACCGAAAAGUCCGCGUUUGGUUCCGGUUCCCCAAAGGCGGACGAUUUCAGGCCCCCCGAGCGGUACCGGGGGCGACCAGUUGCAAACAAAGCUACGCCGGCUAUUAAACACCGACAGCAAAGAGAAUGUAUUCUUUCCGGACAGUCCGACGCAAGCCACGGCACAGACCAACGGCGUACCGCGAGAAGAGAAAUUCCGAUACUCGCCCGGAAGUCUCUCGCCCGCUUGCCGAGAUGAGGAUCGUGUGCUGCAUUGCGCGCCGCAAGAUGUUCGCUUCAAAUUCGGCAGAAGCAACUCGCACUCUCAUACGUCCGGCAGGUCCGGCAGAAAAUCAAACAGCUCGCAGUCGGUGGAGAACACGAUAUGCCACAAGUCCUUGCCCGACCUGCACACGAGCACGCGCCGCCGGGCGUCACUCUCGCCGCGCGCCUCCACCAAAUUACUCAUCAAACAGUCCGGUCAUCAUCAAGCUGCGAACAAUUGCCCAGACUGCGAAACUAGUUCAGAUUAUUCGGAUCACAGUUUUAAGCGUGACGCCGUUUGUUACCGCAGUUCCCGGCAUAUCAGGCGAUCUCUGGGAUCUGGCGGCGGUGAUGCGAGCAGCGUGUUAUCCUCUGGUGGACGGACACAAAAGUCAUCGGGUUCCAGUAAGUUAAGCCACGGGGCGACAGCAAGGGACUCGGGCGGCUCCUCCGGGCAUUGCACCCACCGCAGCGAACCAGCUCCCAGGAUACAGGAUUGCUGGAGUCACAUACGCAGAGACAGCGGCGCGUCUACGCAACAUUCCACGGAGAAGGAUCGGUCGAGGAAAGGCAGUUACGUUGGCGGUACACCGCCGUCUGUUGUCAGACAUUACAGUCCGGAUUCUGAGAGCAGCAACAGUCAAACGGACUACAGUCCGACUUGUAAUUCGAGGUUUUCGGACGGUUGGAAAGAAGGUCGCGGCCGGCCGAUUCUAAGAUCCAAAUCCGACAUCAGCGACCGAUAUUGGCGUCAGGACAACGGCCGUUCCAGCAAAUUAUCCUCCCGGCCGCCACGAUCGGUCACUCAACUUGAGAACUUCUUCGACCGUUUAGGGCUGGACUCUGAUAACUAUCAACGUAUCACGGAACCCGACUCGAAGUCGUCGUCGCCCGUGUUCUUCGACAGCGUCAGUUCCGUAGAUUCGGCGUUGGGUCUUUACUCGUGGGUAGGUAAUAAUCAGACGAAUCAGGGCAGCCAGUGGCAGAACAAUAACUGCAGCAUCGGCAUGGGUAACGACGAGUGUAACCAAAGGGUAAACGAUCCGCCGAGUAUCGUCGAGCGCAACGCACGUAUUAUCAAAUGGCUUUGCCAGUGCCGCAAAGUACAGUUUGGAUACAGUUAAACAACGAGUUGUCCCCCACCCCCUCCAACAUGAGUAAUCUCUAUUGUUUCUGAUAACGUAUGUUUAAAUCAACGAGGUGGUAGAGUGGCUGUUCGUUCUACAAACAGAUAUAUAUAUAUCUGAUAUUGCAGGAAUUAUACGGAUUCACUUGUUUCUCGUAAAUAUGGAAUUGAUCGAUGUUUUUCUAUCCUCCUUUGGACUAUACUCACAUAAUUUAAGUCGUUUAGAAAUCUUGAUCGUUUUUAUAUUUAGAGUUGUUAUUAUAAAAGUACGAUUAUUGCCGUUUUAAUUUAUUGCGUUUAACGAUAAAGAUGAGUCUGUGCCAUUUUACAAUUACUUCUUGUUACAGUUAUAUGUUGUGCCUUUCCUCGAAUUGUUGUCAUAAAUUCAGAGUGAAGUUUUUCUUAAUAUUUUCGCGUAAUAUGCAGAGAGUUAUCGCGUUUAACUUUUACGUUAAAAAAAAUCUUUAGAAGAAAGUUUGGGUAAAGUCGAACAUAUUUUUGAGGGCACAUUUAUAAAUUCUUGUUUAUAUAUAUAACGUUUUUUUCUGCGGACGAAUUCGUUAUUGCGGUUUGACAUUAUUAAUCUUGCAAUAAGUUUACGAUAUGUUACACACGCGGUAAUUUUUCCUAUUUAGCAAAGCAAUAUUAGAUUACUACACACCAUAACUGACGUUUCCGCAGUAAAAAGUGUAAAUUUCAUUGCAUUUUGACGUAAUAAGAUAUAAAUUCAGCGAGGUAUUUCUCUCGUCUCCAGUCUCAAGAAUGAUGAUAUUUGAUUUGUGGUAAAAGUAUUCGCAUGAAAGAUAUUCAUCUCGACUUUAUGAAAGCUCUCAUAGAUCUAAUUUCAUAAGGGAAAAAGAUUUAAAAAUGUUGCCUUUACUUGUUGGUUUCUAUAAGAACCACGUAUAUUUAAAGUGAAAUAAAAGUUCAAUUUUGAUGUUAAUAAUUCGUGAAAUUUAGAAGACGAUCGAUAAGUUAUGCAAAUAGUUCGGUGUUAAACGAAUAGAACAGAAGUAUGAUUCCAAUUUGGUAGUUUAGUAGGAAUUGAUGUGAUUUACAUUAAUGCCGUGUAUAAAAUAAAACGCUCAUUCAUCAUUCUAUUUUAAUAAUAAUCUACAAAGGUUCGCGCUAGCUUCACCAUAUUCACCCUUUCGCCCAUCAUUUUUCGUUCUAGUAUUAUACAACGUAAAUCAUAUAAAAAGAUACAUAGUAAAUGUCUAUUUUCUGAAUUUUCUUGAGAGUGAUCUAAUGAUACGCUAUAUAUUUACAAAGACUAUAUGAACUCUAUAAAUGACGUUAGCUCGAAUAUACUAAUCUGACGAGUGUAAUCCUUUGCUGUUUCACUGCACUUUCGUAAUAGGAGGUGUUUAAAAAUAUUCUCUACAUUAAUAUUCAAACAUUUAAUUGUACGAGUUUCGUUAAUUGUUUUUUUUUUACAUCAAAAAUUAACUGAAUGUACAUUGCUCAUUUAUCGCGCGAAAAUAAUCAGACCAAUGUGAGAGUGUGUUUUUCACUAAACGACUCGAGACCGCAAAGGGUUAGUCUCGUUUCUAUAGUUUUUCCAGUUAUUGCACAGAGAUUCAUUGUACUUACGAGAGAAUAUGUAAUGCGGACUAUGGUGCAUUGAUAAUUGCAAGAUAACUAAUUAUUUGGCGGUUGAAUAGGAAAUUUGAUUAUUUCAAUCAAUUUUUCGUACUUUGCGUUUCUAAAGUAUCGCAGUAAAAUAUAUUUGGAUAAUGAAAUAAUAUAUACAUAUACAUUUUUAUUAUGGCAGUUGUACUUAUAACUUUUUGGUUAAUUAAUUUUUAUCAUGUAUAUUUUUACAUAUGUGUAUCUAAUAUUUUUUUAUUAUGCACUUAUAACGCAUGUGAUGGCGAAGCACAUUUAAAAAGGUGUAAUCUCUCUCACAUACUUCUGUGCACACGUGUACGUUUACGGAAAUUUGCGCGAUCGAUCGCGAAAUAUAGAGACACAAAUGUGCUAAAAUAUAAAAUGACAUAUACACACAUAUAAUUAUCUUACGAAUAUGAAGAUUCGUCGUCUGCAUUGCCUAUCUCUUUAUUUCUCGUUAAGAGCGCUUCUCACACGACAAACAAUGUGCAAUAACAAAUGUAAUCUUUAUUCACAUCUAAUUCACGUAGAAUUUCAUCACUAAUUUCGCUGAACCAUUUUGUUCUCCCUACUCUGUGGCAAUCAAAUAAUAGUAUAGGAAGAAGUUCAAAUGUUUACAAAAGAUGUUACACAAUUAUGUGAUUCAUAUAUUCUUAUAUAACACACGAUUUUUAUGUAACAUAAAACAGAAUUAUUCUCGACCUUCUCUCUAAUUUCAGGUGGUAUGGAUGUUUUAAAUGUAUAAUUAAUGAUUUCACGUAGUUCAUAAUUAAAGUAUGGAUACAGCGUUUCAAUAAAACGGGGAGAGAGAGAGAACCGUUAUCUAUCUAUAUAAUAAAAUCUCAUUUUCUUUUCGAACAAGCAGUUGAAUGAAUCCUUAUAUACGAGAUGUCUCGGGCACUUUAUGUCGACUAUAGACACCAGGUGUCAAAUUAUAUAAAAAUCAAGAUAGAUCUGUUUUACCAUCGAAAAGUUAAUAGUGGCUGAGUUGUAUACACUUAGUUUCAAUAUGGCUUGGACAUCUUUUUUCCCCAUGCAGUUUGAAAUAUAUCCGAUGGUCCAAUGGAGGGAACUUCUGAGAAUGAACACAAACCAAGGUCUGUUCGUUUUCGCUGUACCGCUGAACUAGUGCAAUAAGUUGAAGUGAGAAAAUAUAUACUUGUCUCGCUUCAACUUAUUGCACUAGUUCAGCGGUGCAGCGAAAACGAACAGACCUCAAGUCUCUCAUUGAACCAUUGAACCACUGGCGCAUUUCAAAACUGCAACAAAACAAACGGUGUUCAACUAUUUUGAAGCCAAGAGUACAAAUAGUUAAAAGUAACAGGAUUUUGGAUUGAAUUUUGAAUCUUUUAUUUCAGACUUAGUUAUUAAAAUAUUUAAUAUUGAAGAUUGAGAAAGUGCACACGUCACAUAAAAGGGAUGAUAUUUAAAAUUGCAAAGAAUUUCAAGUUGAAAACAACUUCGCGAUGUCUGAGACACUUAGUGUAUAAGGCAUUAGAGAUAUAUUGGCAUAACAAUAGUAAUAUAAUAACUAGCGUUUAUUAUACUUGCAAUUUCCGACGAGGACAUAUAAAGAAUUUAUAAAGUUUAUAAUCGCCAGUAGUCAAUUGUAAAGCGUUAUUGCACAAAAUUAGACAUGCGACAAAAACAUAUGCUUCUAUAGUGUAUACAUAAUAUUUCCUAAAUUUUGGAGCCGUACAAUUUUAUUUUUUAUGAUAGAAAGAAUGUCUAGAUAUAGCAUUAUGCGUUUGUACACAUUUUAGGGUUAACGUCGUGGAGCUGAACUUAUUGGAACUCGCAGAGAGAGAGAGAGAGAGAGAGAGAGAGAGAGAGAGAGAGAGAGAGAGAGUAUCAUACACAGAAGACUAAUUUUAUAAGAAAUGUGGAAUUUCUUAUAUUGACUUAAGUUGUAAUUGAUUUUUAUACCAAUUUGUAUAAUAGAAUGAAAUUCCACUAUAUAUAUUCUUUGUGAAUUAUCAUUUCCGCAUUUUAAAUCUGAACAAAGAUAUUUGAAGGGGCAAAAAAAAAGUGUAUAUAUAUAUAUAUACACUUUUUUUUUCAUCGUCCCUGCCCCUU